AUGUCAUACGACGAUAUAGAAAACGCUACUCCUGAUAUUGUUAUUGGGAGUACUAUAGAGGAACCCGAAGAAGACUACCAAAUAGAAAGUGAUAACGAGUUACAAGCCGCAGACCAUGAGUCAUCGCAAAUAAAUGAAGACUCAGCCAAAGGCAAAAAAUCAGUUGCAUUUACUGGAUUGGAUGAAGACGAAGAAAAUGCAGAGGAAAUAGCCAGAAAGGAGUUUGAGGAAGGUGGUGGAUUACCCGAACAACCAGAAAACCCAGAUUUCAGUGAGUUGACACCUUUAUCUCCCGAAAUUAUCAAUAGACAAGCCACCAUUAAUAUUGGUACCAUUGGUCAUGUCGCCCAUGGGAAGUCUACUGUUGUCAGAGCUAUUUCCGGUGUUCAGACCGUUCGUUUCAAGGAUGAAUUGGAAAGAAACAUUACCAUCAAGUUAGGUUAUGCAAAUGCCAAGAUUUACAAAUGUGACAACCCAGAGUGUCCAGAACCAGACUGUUACAGAUCAUUCAAAUCAGAUAAGGAAAUAAGACCAAAAUGUCAAAGAGCUGGAUGCGAUGGCCGUUACAAAUUGUUAAGACACGUUUCUUUUGUUGAUUGUCCAGGACAUGAUAUUUUGAUGAGUACUAUGUUGUCAGGUGCGGCUGUGAUGGAUGCCGCCUUGUUGUUGAUUGCUGGUAAUGAAAGCUGUCCACAACCUCAAACUUCUGAGCAUUUGGCUGCCAUUGAAAUUAUGAAAUUGAAACAUGUCAUUAUUUUGCAGAAUAAAGUUGAUUUGAUGAGAGAAGAAUCAGCUUUGGAACAUGAAAAAUCCAUUAUUCAGUUCAUCAGAGGCACAAUUGCUGAUAACGCCCCAAUUGUGCCUAUUUCUGCGCAAUUGAAAUACAACAUUGAUGCUGUAAAUCAAUUUAUUGUGAACUACAUACCUGUGCCAAUGAGAGACUUUACUGCUUCACCAAGAUUGAUCGUUAUUAGAUCUUUUGAUGUGAACAAGCCUGGUGCGGAUGUUGACGAAUUGAAAGGGGGUGUCGCAGGUGGUUCUAUUUUGACUGGUGUUUUUAAGAUUGGUGAUGAAAUCGAGAUUAGACCUGGUAUUGUCACUAAAGAUGAUCAAGGAAAGAUUCAAUGUAAGCCUAUAUUUUCAAAUGUGGUUUCCUUGUUUGCCGAGCAUAACGAUUUGAAAUUUGCUGUUCCUGGUGGUUUGAUUGGUGUUGGUACUAAAGUUGAUCCUACAUUGUGUAGGGCCGAUAGAUUAGUUGGUCAAGUUGUUGGUGCGAAAGGAAAUUUGCCUUCUAUUUACACUGAUAUUGAAAUAAACUAUUUCCUAUUAAGAAGAUUGUUGGGUGUCAAAACUGAAGGUCAAAAGCAAGGUGCUAAAGUUCGUAAGUUGGAACAAUCAGAAGUGUUGAUGGUGAAUAUUGGUUCUACUGCAACUGGUGCUAGAGUGGUUGCCGUUAAAGCAGAUAUGGCUCGUUUACAAUUGACUACACCAGCUUGUACAGAAAUCAAUGAAAAAAUUGCCUUGUCUAGACGUAUUGAAAAACAUUGGCGUUUGAUUGGUUGGGCCACUAUCAAGAAAGGUACCGCAUUAGAACCAAUUUCUUAA